AUGUUAUACUUAGCACAUAGUUUAGAACAAUUAAACGACCUGAUCAACACCAAAGGUGAACUGGUAGUUGUCGAAUACUAUCGUACUUAUUGUACAAGUUGUCAAAUAAUGGAUUCUGUAAUAUUACAAUAUGCAAGAGAAUUCGAAGCAAAUUUAAAAUUAGUUAAAGUAGAUAUCGAUAAAGUUCAUGUUCCAAAUGCUGAUUCGAUAACUGUAACACCAACUUUUGAUUUCUAUAAAGAUGGUAUUAAUUUUAGUCAGUUUGUUGGUUCUGACCCUGUUGGUCUUAAAAAAGUAAUCGCUUCUCAUGUUUAA